CAGACAGAUACACCUUCCCUUUCCUCUACGUCCUUCCCUGGUUGGACUCUUGAGUCUUGAUUCACUUUUUUCUCUUAGAAAUUGAAGUUAGCUUAGAAAAUUGUUCGAAUGAGACAACGACCACCUUAUUCAUAGAAAAUAUCGAGACAAAAGCAUAUUAGUUUUUUUUAUUCUAUCGUUUUCUUUCUCUUGAUUGGCUUCACGAAUUAAAAUGGAAUUUUUUGAGUUCAUUUUUUGACCUUACUAUUUUGGUGUAAGUAAAAGUUGGAGAGAAACAAAUGUUUGAGUAUUUAUGGUUGACAGACACUUAGACCAACGCAUUUAACUCCAUUAUAUCCUCUCCUAUUGGUCCUAUAUAGUAUAUGACAACGCGCCUAUCUGUAUAGAAAUAUAUUUGUGUUUUAAAAAAUCAAUUCUCAAAAACUCGUUAGGUGUCAUCUAGUUUUGAAAAACUUCUUUUGUUUUUUUCAUAUUAAGUUUUUGAUUAGUUUAGUAUUUUUAUAAGUUAAACAACAAUUUUUAAAAACAUAUUUAAUAGGCAUGUAGGUGAAUUAAUCAUUUGAGUUUCUAUGGACAGAUUAGACUAAAACUAAGUGGUCCGGAUGGUAUUAACCACCAAAACAAUCCAGUUUUCAAAAAUUUAGAAAUAAACCAUAGAUUAAGUCAACAAUUCAUUAUGCACCCAAAAAAGUUGAAACAGGCGUAGAGAUAAAGAAUAUGGCAACUAAAAGCGAUCGAUAGCAAUAAUCUUAUUACAUUGAAUUGAAAUCAUAUUAACUUAAGGAGAGUUGUUUGACUUUAGCGUUUUGAUUGAAACCUUUUGGAAACAAGAAAGAGCUGUUUUUUUGUGUCAAAUUACUAAUUUAUGACCGGCCAAUCUGCUGCAUAGAUCAUGCAAUAACGUCUACAUCUCAACCUCAUAGCCUAUAGUAAUAAUUUUUGUGUCCUUUAGAGCACAUCCGAUAAGAAAGAUAAACCUAUAAUAAUUGAAAGCAACAUUAUUAGGACUUUACACAAGAACUUCAUUUUCUGAUAUGAUUCAUAAGAAUAUAUUUAUUCUAAAAAACAUGCAUGCAUAACUAGUUUGUUUGUACGAUGUUUGUGUGUGUGAAUACUAAUGAGCCUCUUUGUGAGCAGGGAAGAGGAAGAUGGAGCUAAAGUGGUGAGAGUUGAAAAUGUGGAUAAUCCAUACAGGAGACAGACCAACUUCAACAGUAGAUUCAAGCUUACUCUAAACAAGCUCUACGCUUGGGCUUUGUCUGAUUACGACCGUGUGGUCAUGCUAGAUGCCGAUAACCUCUUUCUUAAGAAAGCCGACGAGUUGUUCCAGUGUGGGCGCUUCUGUGCGGUCUUCAUUAACCCUUGUAUCUUCCACACUGGUCUCUUCGUGUUGCAGCCAUCAGUGGAAGUGUUCAAGGACAUGCUCCAUGAGCUACAAGUUGGAAGAAAGAAUCCUGAUGGAGCUGAUCAAGGUUUUCUUGUCAGUUACUUCUCUGAUCUUCUUGACCAACCUCUCUUUAGUCCUCCGAGUAACGGAUCUGUACUUAAUGGUCACUUGAGACUUCCCUUAGGCUACCAAAUGGACGCUUCUUAUUUCUAUCUUAAGCUAAGAUGGAACAUACCCUGUGGACCAAACAGUGUGAUUACAUUCCCGGGAGCUGUUUGGUUAAAGCCAUGGUACUGGUGGUCAUGGCCUGUUCUUCCACUAGGUUUCUCAUGGCACGAGCAGCGUCGCGCCACUAUAGGGUACUCAGCCGAAAUGCCUUUGGUUAUAAUCCAAGCAAUGUUUUACCUUGGAAUCAUAGUGGUUACACGACUAGCUCGUCCUAACAUAACCAAGCUAUGUUAUCGCCGCUCUGACCGCAACUUAACAACGAUCCAAGCUGGUUUUAAGUUGAUCGCGCUUCUCUCUGUAGUUGCAGCCUACAUCUUCCCAUUCUUCACCAUCCCUCACACUAUCCACCCACUCAUCGGCUGGUCGCUCUACUUGAUGGCUUCUUUUGCUCUCUCUUCCAUUUCAAUCAACACUCUCCUCCUCCCAACGCUCCCUGUUCUCACUCCAUGGCUAGGAAUUCUCGGCACUCUCCUUGUCAUGGCCUUCCCUUGGUACCCUGAUGGAGUGGUCAGAGCCUUGUCAGUUUUCGCAUACGCAUUUUGUUGCGCACCCUUUGUGUGGGUUUCAUUCCGCAAAAUCACAUCGCACCUCCAGGUUUUGAUUGAGAAAGAGGUGUUGUUCCCGCGAUUGGGAGACUCAGGGGUCACUUCAGGCUUCAGCAAAUUGUAUUAGGGAGUCUUUAUUUGACAUAUUGUUUCUCUGUAUAUAAAGGAUUAUUAUUGUUUCAUUCACAUUACAUUUAUAUCAACUCACUCUAACCUUCUUUCUUUUACCUAGUCAAAGUAUCAAUUUCGGUAGCCU